CCAGUUUGAAUGGUCAAUGCAUAUAUAUGACUCGUUGUGGGGAUUCUUCCGUGCGUUCACUUGCCAUUAAAUGGUCAACAGCAGCAACGCUGUUGUUGAUAAAGGCAUACAGUGACAAUAAACAGUCUUUCCAGCAGUACAAAGAGGAAAUACAAAAUAUGGGAAGAUAUUGCUUCAGUGCUGCAAGAUGCUGGACAUCCUGUCACUAGGGAAGUUUGGACAAAAAGAUGCGCGGACUAAAAAACAGAUACAAAAUAAUUAAAGAUAAUGCAAAGUUAAGUGGACGAGGCAGUGACACACAAUGGCCAUUCUUUGAAGCAGUGGAUGAGGUUCUUGGACGUGAUCCUAGUGUAAUACCAGUUGCAAAUGAGUCGUCAUUAAUGAUAGGUCAACCUUCGACUAGUGCUGGACCAUCUGAAGUUGUGGAACUUCCAGUGCCAUCACCAUCACAAUCACAGUCUACCAGUUCAAGAACUCUCUCUCCAGCUCCAUCAGCAUCAUUCCUUCCAUCACCAAGAUCUCAUAAACAGAGGCGUUCAGAAGAACAAGAGACGUCACAGAGGAGAGAACAUGUCAUCUCAGCACUAGACAAAUUAGCUGAUCUUGUUGCUAGAGAAAUGUUGUGUUAG